UCAGGCAGCGGCAUAUAACGGUUUUCUAAAAAGCGCUCCCGUCGCUCAUUUCGCCUCGGCGCGGCUAUUUCUUGAGAUGAGUUAUCGAAAAGAAUGGAAUUGAAUGUGAUUGUGGGGGGUGCAAGUUAUGUUUCUUUUGUUUGGUACUCUUUGUUUUGAAAGUGAGAAAUUGUGAACUGAAAGAGUGCUUCCUCUUUUCCUAAGAGAUGCAGCAUUCUCGGACGAUGCAUAUUUUAACUUAGGAUUUUUCUACAAUAUGAAGGAGAUGGUUGGGGGAUGUUGUGUAUGCUCCGACGAGCGUGGUUGGACUGAGAAUCCCCUUGUUUAUUGUGAUGGGCAAGGUUGUAAUGUUGCUGUGCAUCAAGCAUGUUAUGGUAUAGUUCAAGUACCUACUGGGCCUUGGUUUUGUAGAAAAUGUGAAUCUCAAGAAAGAAGUGCUAGAGUUAGAUGUGAACUUUGUCCUUCAAAAGAUGGAGCUUUGAAAAGAACUGAUGGUGGUGGAUGGGCCCAUGUUGUAUGUGCUUUAUACAUACCUGAGGUUAGAUUUGGAAAUGUGACGACAAUGGAACCAAUUAUUUUGCAACUUGUUCCUCAAGAACGAUAUAAUAAGUUGUGUUAUAUUUGUGAGGAGCAAGGUAAAGAAUCGAAAGCUAGUGUUGGAGCUUGUAUGCAGUGUAAUAAAUCUGGCUGCAAGCAGUAUUUUCAUGUUACUUGUGCUCAAGCAGCUGGCUUAUUAUGUGAAGAAGCUGGCAAUUACAUUGAUAAUGUUAAGUAUUGUGGGUAUUGCCAUUACCAUUACCAGAAGUUGGUAAGUAGCCAGCAAACUAACUGCAAAAUAAGAGUGAAAAAAGAUAGUCAUAUUAAAACUAUACCUGCAUUUAAACCAAUCCCAGCAGACAAUGCAACACCAGAACCUAGUCCAGAGAAGCCAUCUGCAGUUCAUCUUAAAGAAAAGACUCGUGGUAGAAAUGAUAAAAAAGUAAAGCAAGUAGCUUAUAAUAACAGCAAUUCUGUGGUAAACAGUAGUGAAAGUGUGACUCCGAACUUGCAGUGUAAUAAUUCUGAGCAAGGAUUUAACAGUGAUAGCAGUGCAAGUACAAUUAGUAACUGUAGUUUAAGUAAUGGUAAUCAUGUAAACAGUACUGAAAACAAGACUUCCGAAGUGAAAAAUAAGAAAAGUGAUUCUAAUCAUAAUAAUAGUAAUAGCAGUUUGGGUAGUAAAUUUACUACUGCAAAUUUUAAAGAAGCAACUGUCACAACAUCUGGAAGUCCUGUUUUUGGUGGUGAUAAAUACAAAAAAAAGUUAAAAGACAGCCCUCCUGUAGAUCAGGAAAAAAAGAAUCUGUCAGAUUCUAAAGACUUACAAGAUGUUACAGCAUCAAGUUCUGCUCCCACCUUCAGUAGCAUGUAUGAAAGUUUUAUUAACAAUGAUCUGAACAACAGCUGCAGCAGUAUGGACAGUAAGCAGAAUACUGAUAAAAAAAGACCUUCUGAAUGUACAGAAGAACCAGAGAAGAAAAAAUCAAAACAUUCCAGGAGCAGAUCAAAGUCUACAAAAAGUAUGAUUGAGGCUGUAAUUCCUCCUGAAAAAGCUAAUCCUCAGAUACCUAUUGUUAGAAUUAAAAGGAGAUUCAACCAUGAUAGAUCGUGUAGUUCACAUUCAGUUGAAAAAGUGUCAGUUGAUGAACAUCCAAAAAAUUAUGAGACUGUUGUCAGUCAAGCUGAUUCUGAGCUUAUGCCUGAACCUGACCCCGAACCAAAGAUUGAAAUCGGUCCAGAACCUAAAGUGAAAGAUAUUUCCGAUGUUCAAAAUGAUAGUCUUCCAAUUAAGAAUGUUGAAAUUAAAUUGGAGGAGCCAGUAUUUCAUCAAGAGCUUCCUUAUAUGAGCAAUUCCAUGCCUAUUCCAGACACAGUGAACCUGAUGGACAAUGUGACCAAACAAAUGCAAAAUCCUUCAGGUUCUGAGGAUGGUUGUCAAGUACCAAAUACAUUAGAAGAACUUUUGGAAAAGCAGUGGGUACAGACUUCUAAUUUCUUGAUGGAACAGGCCCAACAUUUUGAUAUUGCGUCCAUGAUAUCAUGCCUUCAUCAAUUACAGUCAGAAAAUAACCGCUUGGAAAAGGAAGUGUCAGAAUUGGUAUCUCGACGAGAUUGCUUACUGGCUAUUAAUGCUCGCUUAAAAGUGCUUCCACAUUCAGAAAAUGUUGUAGCAAACAAUUUACCUUAUUCUGCUCUUUCUUUGCUAACAAGCAAACCAGUAUCUCCUAGUGAUGGACAUGCUACUUCAGCAAAUUUCGCUAACUAUAUGCCUUUUGAUAGUAGCAUGGUACAUAGUACUCAGGAUUUUGUUUGUCACAAAAGUCCUAUGGCUGGCCAUAGCCCUGCUGCAACUGUUGGAUCUAGUAGCUUACCACUUACUCCAAGUCCAAUACCUUGCAGCCCCAUUCCAAAGCCUGAAGUUCUUCCUCAUAUUUUGUCGCAGUUACAGGCUCAGUUGUCGGCAUUCACCCGUGAUUCUAGUCCUCUCAACCACAUACCCAUAGUGACUAGUGCUACCUCACAACCAUCUCAUAUCUAUGGACCUGCUGCUGCUAUCUCAGAUACAUUACUUAUACCUGAAACUAGUUCGUAUAAUACAUUACCAUGUCAGAAUGGUUCAAAUGAUGCACAGGACCAAGAACCAUCAGCUGCUGUAUAUCAAACUAUAUCACCUUUCAAUCCAGAAACAAGUUCACCUACUAAUACAUCUGUUCACUCAGUUUGCAAUAAUAUUGUUUUUCAUCAGAAUUUUGAAAAUGCUUUGCAGAACACAAAUAGUAGUUUGGAAGAAGAAAGAUGACAUCUUAUUUGUUUGUUUUAAUGUUUGUUGUUAGAGGAUAUUGAUUUUCCCUUCAAUAAUAAAGACAGGGAUGUUUUACUAGGUCAUUGCUCAGAAGUAAAGCUUUUAAAAAAUUAAAAAGCUUUAAAAAUUAUUUUUUAAAAAAAUUCUUAGUUUUAUGAAAUGCAGUGUGCAUUAUACGGGACACUUUCCUGUAUUAAAAUUUUGUCUUUGUUUCAUAAAAUUACUAGCCGCUAUGCAGCUAGCCUUCGCCUGGCUUUCAAAUGUACCGGGAAAGUGCCUAAAGGGAACACCAAACAUUAAAUUUAAAAACUGCACAGAAUUUUACUCUGCAGAACUUCAUGAAAAAAAAACCCUACAAAGUUCAGUUAAAAUGUAUUACAUAUA